AUGUCGGAUGAAGAUAAUAAGACAUCACAAAGUAAAAGUAAUGGUGAUACAAAAAGUAAGAAAGAAGAAGCCUGGGGCUAUGACUUGUACCCCGAAAGACGGGGCACAUUUUCACGUAAAAUUACCAAUGUACUUAUUGGAAAAGAAGGAAAAGAAGGCAUUGAAAAGUUUAAAUGCGAAAAAAAUGUUUACCAUUGUGUAAAAAAUAGUCCUAUAGUAAAGGUGAUGAUGGCUGCUCUUAAAAGUUCUGGUUGCCCUGUUGACAUUCGGAGACAUAUAUCUUGUGAGGUAUGUGAUUAUUCAGUUAGUGGAGGCUAUGAUCCAGAGUUAAAUCAGAUUGUGGUGUGUCAAAAUGUUUCAACAAGAAAGGGGAUGGUGCAAGGGGUACUAGCUCAUGAGAUGAUACACAUGUUUGAUUACUGUCGCAAUGAAUUGGAUUUUAAAAACAUGGAACAUCUGGCGUGCACUGAAAUCCGCGCUGCUAACCUCACUCACUGCUCAUUUGCUAGCGCCUGGUCUCAGGGAGACGCUUCUUGGACAAGGAUAAAACAGGCGCAUCAGGACUGCGUGAAAACGAAGGCUCUUUACUCGGUAUUGGCGGUUCGUCAAAUCGGCAAAGCUGAAGCUGUUGAUAUAAUUGAGAAGGUGUUCCCGAAAUGUUAUGCUGACUUAGAGCCAAUAGGAAGACGGAUUAGAAGAAACUCUGAUGAUAUGCUCCGUGCAUUUAAGGAAGCUGCAUAUUAUGGCUAUGAGUAA